AAGUUAUUCGCCGGAAAAGGAAUUAUGAAAAAAAGAAGCUGAACGUCAAAACAUAAACAGAGCAAACACGCGUCGUCUUUAAUUUGACUGUCUCUUUAUACACACAUUCCUCAUGUCGUGUGUUUUUCCAAGAUUUUCUAUCCAAUAUGCUAUAGCUAGCUAAGUAGUAGCUUGAAGACAAUACAUCUGCACCGACGACUAGGACUAAACGACGUACGCCUCGUUGGGCCUACGACUAGAGGCUCUCCUCCUGUCCACAGGAAGAAAGAAGCAGGAUGGCAGAGGCAGAUGGUAAAUCCAGUGUGCUUAACGGUGGGUCUGAGGAGCCAGAUCCAGGAGAGGACCAGCGAGGGGAGGGAGAUGCUUCCACAGCCACAGAGGGACACUCUGGCUCUCAAGCAGCUCCCAAAGAGGCAGGAGACGGGGCUAAGGACAAGCCAAUGCCAGAUGCAGAGGGUGUGAGGGUGCCUGGAGAGGAGGAGGAGGACACAGACAGCAUGGAUGGCAGUGGCCUCUACUCCCUGACCGAGGAAGGGGAGCGAGAGAGCGAGGGAGGUAGAAGAGAGAGAGUGAAUGAGAGAGAUGCAGGAAAGUGGCCCGCCAGAAAGAGGAACCGCCCGAGUGGUGGCACCGCCCACCACUCCUCCAGCUCUGAUGAGGAUGAUGAGGAAGAGGAGGAAGAUCAAGAGGAGGAAGAGGACGAGCAGGCCAUGGACGCGUGGCUGGGGGCGGAGCUGCGUGACCUCAGCGGGCCGUCAUGGCGGGCGGUGCCCUCCCUGAAGUCGAGGGAGAUUGGCCGGGGCUCGCACCAGUUUGUGAGGCGUGUGUGUGGUGCACGAGGCUUGGUCCAGAGGCUGGAGCUCCAGGGGCGCCUGGAGAGACACACUGGCUGUGUGAACACCCUGCACUUCAACCCCUCAGGCACACGCCUGGCCUCCGGCAGCGAUGACCUGCGGGUGGUAGUGUGGGACUGGGCACGUCGCCGUGCUGAGCUGGAGUUUGACAGCGGGCAUAAGAGCAACGUCUUUCAGGCAAAGUUCCUGCCACACAGUGGCGACUCCACCAUGGCCAUGUGUGCCCGGGACGGUCAGAUCAGAGUGGCUGAGCUCUCUGCCACUCAGCGCUGCAAGAGCACCAAGAGAGUGGCUCAGCAUAAAGGGGCAGCACACAAGCUGGCCCUGGAGCCAGACUCUCCCUGCUCCUUCCUGUCGGCUGGGGAGGACGCCAUAGUGUUUGGCAUCGACCUGCGCCUCGACCGGCCUGCCAAUAAACUGGUGGUGGUGAAGGAGGGGGAUAAGAAAGUGGGGUUGUACACCAUAUUUGUGAACCCUGUCAACACACACCACUUUGCUGUGGGUGGGAGAGAUCAGUAUGUCAGGAUCUAUGACCAGAGGAAGAUUAAUGAGAAUGAAAAUAAUGGCGUACUGAAGAAGUUCUGUCCAUCUCACCUGGUGUCCAGCGAGUCCAAAACUAACAUUACCUGCUUAGUGUACAGUCAUGAUGGCACAGAGCUCCUGACUAGUUACAACGAUGAGGACAUCUACUUGUUUGACUCCAGCCACAGUGACGGUGCAGACUACCGCAGGAGAUACAAGGGCCAUCGCAACAACGCUACAGUGAAGGGGGUGAACUUCUAUGGCCCUAGCAGUGAGUUUGUGGUCAGUGGCAGCGACUGUGGACACAUCUACCUGUGGGACAAGGUCUCCGCUCGCAUUGUCCAGUUCAUGGAGGGAGACAGAGGUGGAGUGGUCAACUGCCUGGAGCCCCACCCUCACCUCCCAGGUCUGGCCACCAGUGGUCUGGAUCAUGACGUUAAACUGUGGGCCCCCACUGCCGAGAAUCCCACAGGGCUCAAGGGCCUCAAAGACGUGAUGAAGAAGAACAAGCAUGAGCGUGACGAGGACAGUGUUCGCCAUGGAGACCAGUACGACACACAGCUCCUGUGGUUCCUCAUGAGGCACAUGAGAAACAGACGGCCCCAGAGGACACGUCGCGAGGGUGCAGAGGGAGACACUGAUGAAUCGUGGAGCUCUCCAGAUUCCUCUGAUGAAGAGGAUGGAGGGCCAGACCACGUCCAGUGCAUGUCCUCCUGAGCCAAGGAGACAUGCAAGAGUACACACACACACACACACACUCUUUAUUGCCCUAGCAUUGAUGCACAUAGGCAGGCACUAUCGACACACUGGCACACACAUGAACACUGAGAGACCAUGAAGUAACAGUAAAGGUAUUCACAUACACACACACAGCAUAUACACACACACACACACACACAGGCAGACAUAUAAGUACAUACACACAGCUGAGGGGUAGGGAGGGUGACUAGUAUACACCAAGACACAAAAUCUCACUUCUAAUCCGACAGGGAGUGAAUUGUAGACAGUUUUGCUCAUACAGUCUGCUGAUACAAAUAGUCUCAACCCUGAUUUUGAUCUAAACUGUGUUAGAGGGAGGCUGAUGAGUGCUCACAUCCCUAGACAACCACUUGGACUCGUACACCCAUACAUAUGCUCUGCCAAGCCCCUGAGAACAUAAGCACUUCAACAUCAUACACAUUUCACAAUCCGCUGUACAUCAUCUGCAGAGCACACAUUACCCCACUCUCCUUAACAACCUCUCUCCCCCAUACUUUUCUGUUGGUGAUGGCAGAAAUGGAGUGAUGGGAAAUACACCUUCCAACCUCUGAUCAUCCCCCAAUUCACUCCAUAGAUUUCAAACCAGAGCCCCUUACACGUUCUACACCCUCUUCUUCUCUAAGUUAGCCUCAGAACAUCAGCAGUUAGCCUCAGAACAUCAGCACGUGGCCAAUCAGUUUAGCCCCCCAUAGUGCACUUUAAUCAGGGAUGUAUGGCGUGAGUUUCUUAGACAAAGUGUGCGUUUGGCGGCCAACCAUGCAAUAUGAACACCUCAGUGACGUAAAGGUGUGCUCGUGUAAAAGGAGAGACAUUUGACUCUAGUUGUUUCGUUUGGGAUUUGCACUUAGCAGGAGUGUCUAAAACAGCUCCAGCUGGAGCGAGGAGAAAGAAAGAAUCCCUCUGCUUCCACCAAUUUAACCUCACCCAUCCUCCUCCUCCUUUACACUCCUCCUGGAGGAGCACCCUGACCUCAGCCCCUCCCUCCCUAAGCCAUCCUCUCUUCCUCUGAGAGUACAUUUCGCUGAGACGGUGAGCUGGAGGGCUACUGAGGAACACCUGGAUGGUCUCAUUGCGUAAUGCAUACAGUAAAUACAUCCAAAAGGUUUCUCACUUUUCUGUUUGAGAAACCCUGAUGAUAAGGCCCUAAGCCUCGGGUCCUGCUACCUACAUCCAUGGCUCAUGCCAGCUGUCGGGCCUCUGCCAGAGAUCAGACUCCAUAAAGAAGGAACGGGGUUUGAUCAGGCUCUGGAGAUCAGAUGUAGAAACUGCUGUUUGGCUCUCUUUUUGACCUGUGUGGGCUUUCAGAAGCCAUUCUUCUCUGUAUCUGGGCCCAUCUGCCCAGUCAGGCCUCUGGGUCUGUGUUAUAGCAUUCAGGCCAGGGGGACAGAAGAAGGGAGGAUCGAUCUGCUUGCCAGUUGUUGUUGUUUUUUUGUGUGUGAGAGCGAUAAAGUCCAGCUUUUUCUCAUUUUGUAUGAGAAUUAUAGAAGUUAGAUCAAUUGAUAUGUACAUAUAUAUAUAUAUAUUAAAACUGUAAAGAAAUCAUCUUUAGCAAAUAAUGUUUGACUUAAGAAAAAAAUUGUCUAAAUAUUUGAUUGGUAUUGAUGCAGAGGUUUAUAUUAUAUAUGAGGACAAAGUACUUUUAAAAUGAAGAGACAAAGAUGACGUCAUUUUUUUUUGUAAAUGACCUCCCCAAUUGUUACAUUAUCCUAUAUCGGCAGGAUUCAGUUGAACAUGAAUUAAGUUUGGUUCCUUUUCAUUUUCAAUGUUUAAUUUUCUCCCUUCAAGAUCUUGACCUAUUUUUCUUUGUUCACAUCGUUUAAGCUUUUGAUCAAUGAUUUAUUCCACUGCUGCCUAAUAUUGUGUUCUACUGGUGCAGUUGGAAACAUGUACCUUUUGUGCAAUAAACAGAAGACCGUG